AUGCAUUGGCAGAAUGACAGCCCGGGAUGGCAGCCUGAGGCAGCCAGCCACCUAAGCCCGCUCCGCCCGAGCUCCGUGCGGUCACGACUGCAUCCCGGCGACCUUCUUGCUUGCUGUAGCUUGUCGAAAUACGGACUCCCCUCUUCUCUCUACUGGCUGAUUCACCUCAUCAUUACCUCCCCGAUCAUCCAACUACGCCCUUUUGACUACCUUCGAAUCGACACCGAGCCGGUACCUGACUACUCACUCAACCGUGAACCUUCAAUCGAUGCGCCUGCGCUAGCUUCCUCCGCUGAGAUCGAACAUCGCUACAAGUCUAGUCAGACCACGGCAUAUACAGCAGACCAAGCACCAGACACCGAGAACACAGAAGGCUGGACCUACACCUGUGUCGUCUAA